AUGGAAGGUGGAGUGACCACCAUUUCUGCUUCCAUCAGUAACUCCCGCAAGACGAACUCUGGAACCGAAAUCAUUGACAACCUCGUGACCAAGUGCGGCCCAUACUUCACGCAAUCCGGAUACCCAGAUAUCACCGUUCAAGUGACCGUUAUCAAAGAAACGUGCAAUAGAGCCAAUGGUGACAACGUUGAUUGGGAUGGCAACACCGGAGGCAGCACUGGAGGUAGCACUGGAGGCAGCACCGGAGGCAGCACUGGAGGCAGCACCGGAGACAGCGCUGGAGGAAGCACUGAAGGCAGCACUGGAGGAAGUACUGGAGGCAGCACUGGAAGCAGCACUGGAGGGAGCACUGGAGGCAGCACUGGAGGAAGCACUGGAGGAAGUACUGGAGGCAGCACCGGAAGCAACACUGGGGGCAGCACUGGGGGCAGCACCGGAGGCAACACCGGAAGCAACACUGGGGGCAGCACUGGAGGCAACACCGGAAGCAACACCGGAAGCAACACUGGAGGCAGCACUGGCGUUUCCGUAGGCGUCAAACUCGGUCUUGGAGGAGUCCUCAAUGGAAUCUUCAAGGUUAUCAAUGGAGUCGUCAACACCGCUCUCGGUGCUCUUGAGGCUGUCGUUAAUAUUGUUAUCCGUACCUUGAAGGAUGUCUUUGACGUCGUCGGAAACUUGAUCCUGGUCCUCCAAGUGACCCUCAACAACUUGGUUUCUGGUCUCGGUUCCCUCUUCGUCAGACUGGUCGCUUGCAUCGUCAAAAUCGCCGUAUGUGUCCUUGGACUCCCAGGAGAUAGCGGCGUGUGUGCCAAAGGCUGGAACGCCCGCUUCGGCGUAGAUGGGGAACUCUCAGCGGGGGCCACUGCGGAGGCCUACAUCAACCUUUUUGUACUUGUCGACGCUCAAGCUCAACUCGACGGAUACAUCAAAAUCAUUUCUGGAGGAAAAGGAAUCGACGGAACCAGCGGUUCUGUGAACAUCAUUCUGAACCAAGUCAAUACUCUGUGCGGUUACAUCACCAACUACCAGCAGAUCUCUAAGGACACCGUGACAGAAACCUUUGUCAUCAUGACCACCAUCUCUGCUUCCAUCAGUAACUCCCGCAAGACGAACUCUGGAACUGUAAUCAUUGACAACCUCGUGACCAAGUGCGGCCCGUAUUUCACGCAAUCCGGAUACCCAGAUAUCACUGUUCAAGCGACCGUCAUCAAGCAAACCUGCAAUGGUGCCAACGGCGACAACGUUGACUGGGAUGGCAAUGGCAGCAACGGGGGCACCACCGGUGGUACUUAAGGAAGUACUGGAGGCUGCGUGUAGUGUAUGACGCCAGACUCACAAUCUUUUAGCGUUGUAUAUUACUACAUGUCUGUUAUUUUAUUCAGAUUAAAGGCGUUCUUAUAACUCA